AAGCGACAUAUAGAUACAACUUUUAUGAUACCGCUAUAUAUGCCUUUCCCAUUGCGAUGUUUUGACCGGUUGGGAAAAGAGAAGGGCAGUGGCUGAUAUUGGAAGGGCAGUGACAGUGUGAGUGAGAGAAGAGAAAGGGACGAUUAGAGAGAGAAAGUCUCAAGUCUCAAGAGGAAAGGGAAAGGCUUUAAAGAGGGAAGAGGAAAACGAAGGGAUUUUAUGUCGGCAAGGUCUGGACUGGGUUCAGUAUUUGGGGCUUUUUCGUUGAAGCUCUGGAUUUCACUUUCUACUCUGCUUCUCAAUCAAACAUCUUCCCUCUGCUGUGUAUUCCAGCAGAGAAUCGUUUCCCUUUUCCCGUCCGUUUCGAUGCGUUUGAGGACCAAAAGGACUUGUUCUGGAGUCGAGAUUUUUGGGGGUUAUCACAUAAAGCGAUUCUUACAUACUACUUUCUUCAUAGUGCCUUAGCCGUUCUUGGUUUCCCAGACAGUUUUCUUAUUGCCUUCUUCGUUUUCCAGCCGAUCUUUUUUUUCAUUUAUAAGUAUAACCCGCAACCCGUUCUUAUUAUAGACAUAUAUAUUAGGGUUCUUUGAUUGUUUAUUGUUAUUCAACCAGAGAAAGUUUUGUAGCGAUCGAUCUUUGAGUAAAAGAUGUUGUUUCCCAAGAGAAAACCCCUGUCAAACAUGAAACCCCAACCGGAACCUGAACCCAGAAAGCCCAUGAGGAAAAUCCGGAUAGUCUGUGAGGAUCCGGAUGCUACUGAUACAUCAGAUGAUGAGCGGUAUGAGAUGAAGAAACCAAAGCUCUUCAUUCAUGAACGUCUUGUACCCAUUGAUUCAUUCAAAGGUCAUGAACCUGACGGAUCCUCUACCCAAGAUAGCAGCAAUGAGGCUAAAAGGAAUAACCUGAAGAAGAAGAGGGUUUUGGCUGCCAAAGCCCAGGACCGGGAUUGCUCAUUCAACCCAUCAAAACUGAGGGGCGUCCGCCAGCGAAAAUGGGGCACAUGGGCGGCUGAGAUCCGUGACCCGUUCCAGGGGAAGAGGGUUUGGUUGGGCACAUAUAAAUCUGCUGAAGAGGCUUCCAAAGUUUAUGAGACUAAGCGUCUUGAAUUCGAAGCCAUGGCCAAGAAGAGCAAUGUGAACCAGACUGGUUCAGUUCCGCUUAUAGACACACAUGCUCCUGAGGAAGACUCUGUUGGAAGCUUGGUCUCACACACCUCCUCCCCUGCCUCGUCCUUUCUUGAGAUUGACUCUUCCACUUCUGCCCCUGCUUUGGAGAAGGUGGAUAAUAGUAGCACCAUUGUUGAUGAAACAGGGGACGGUCUCUCAUUGGCUCAAAUCGCCGAAGGGAUGGAUUUUGGCAUGGACCUUGAUAUGAGUCUUGCUGUGGAAGACUAUUUGACUUUUGAUGAUUUUGGCUUCAGUGACUUCAAUAUCCCGCUAUGUGGGGUGGAUGGGGAUGAUCAGAUUCCCGCUACCUUGCCAGAUUUUGACUUCGAUUUCAACUUUGAAGACUGUAACGAAGGGUGGAUGAUGAUGGAUGAAGCUCCCCUUGUGCCCGGAACGGCUGCACUCAAUGUUUCUUGCGUUUGAAGAGAAAGUUUUGCACCUACAGUUAUUAGUUAUUACGGAGUACUCUAAUAAAAUAAUAGGAUUUCAUUGCUUUUAGUUUAUUCAGGCAGAGUAUCAUAAGGUGGUUUAGAAAGGGAGGCUGUUGGUUUUGUUAAUGUUACGUUUUAGAGUCAAGUGCUUGUUCAACUUGUUAGUCCCAUUGGGUUUUUUCCGAGCUAUUAGAGCCGUCCCUGGGGCUUCAAACUGUGUUCUGCUUUGCUCAUUUGAUUCUCCACUAUCUCCUAAGUGGAAGAAAUUCUGGAAGACAUCAAUGUUUUUGUUUUUAAAGUUGAAUGAAAUCUUAUGUUUCAUGAGUUACUGAUGGAUGGUUUUUCCAAUUGUCUUGAUGUUAGUCUGAAGGUGGGG